AUGUCAUACCAAGCCUACCAACUCACCUCCCCCAACACCCUAACCCUCACCACUCUCUCUUCCAUCCCGAAACCCGGGCCCAACCAAGCACUCAUCCGCAUCCAUGCCGUCGCGCUCAAUCCGCGCGACAACGCCGUCAUCAGCAACUCCCCAUCGUACCCACUCCGACCCAAACCCAACCUCGUCCCCUGCUGCGACGGCGCCGGAGUCGUCGAGACCCCCGGCUCCAGUUCCAUCUGGAGAGUAGGCGACCGAGUCAUCCUCCACGGUAAUACAUGGAUGACGGGGAACGAUCCGCGCGGAUUUGUGCUCAAGGAUACGCUCGGCUCGGGCGAGAACGAUGGAGCGUUGCAGCAGCAUCUCGUCUUCGAUGAUGCGCGGCUCGUUCGUGCCCCGGAGUAUUUGAGUAUGGAGGAGGCAAGUACGUUCUUUGCAGCGGGCUUGACGGCGUAUAGGGCGUUGUUUCACGGGCCGCGGCCGCUGGAGAAGGGGAUGACGGUGCUUACGCAGGGGACGGGAGGGGUUAGUUGUUAUGCUAUUCAGAUUGCCUCCGCAGCCGGCGCAACCGUAAUUGCCACCUCCUCCUCCGACGGAAAACUCGCCGUCGCCAAAAACUUGGGCGCAACCCACCUGAUCAACUACCGUACCACCCCCGACUGGUCCUCCACCGUCCUCGAACUCACCGCCAACAACGGCGUAGACAUCGCCCUCGACGUCGUGGGCGCGUCAUCCAUCGAGCAAACCCUCAAAGCCGUCGGCUUCGGAGGCGCGAUCAUAUGCCUUGGCAUGCUGGGCCAGAACCCUUUCGCGCCUGUCAAUGUGAUGCCGGCGAUUAUGAUGGGUGCGAAGACGGUACAGGGACAAUUAGGGGCGGGGAGUAAGGCGUUGGCGGAUGAGUUUGCGGGGUUUUUGGAGAGGCAUCCGUUUCGGCCGCAGAUUGCGAGGGUGUUUGAGUGGGAGACGGCGGCGGAGGGGUUGGAGGCGUUGAAAACACUGAGUGAGCCCGGGAAGAUUGUUGUUAGGGUGCGGUAGGACAGUGUUCUCAUACGACGUGCUUGUCUUGUGGAGGAGGUGAAGGAUUUUGCGCGCUUCAGGGAUAUCUGAGGUCAAAGAGAAGUCUAGGAUCAUGAUCAACCAUUGCCUUUUCCGUUCAAUGCAUUUCCGUUCGUUCCGUUCGUCAAGUUGCCCUUCGUUAGGCUUCCAUCCGUCUUCGUUUCCAUCGUUACACUAUCACCAUUCGGAACCGUGCCGUUAGGUGCCUUUUCAUUCCUCGCCCAUCCAUUCGCAUGGCCAGCACUGGCCUGUGCGGCAAGAUACCUCUUGUAGUCCUGUAGC